AUGGCGUCCCAAAAACAUGUCGCCGAGGUGCCGCGUAGCAUCCUCCCCCGUCUCACUUGGAACGGCUCUUCACGUCCCACCGUCACCCCCUCGCACCCUCCCACACUUGCAACCAGACGACCACAGCCUCCACAAGGUUGGAGUCCCUUGAGUCGACAAAUACACUCCCUCAGUACACCAUAUCAGCCCUCUCGAGUCGCCUCUGCAUCAGGUCGUGAUUUCCAUUAUGCAUCUCCGGCUCGACGAACCUCUAUAUCUUCAACCACGGCGCGCCCGUCUGUGGAAUCUCCCAGCAACCCGAUCCGAUAUAACGGCGUCUAUGUUGCGGUCUUCAAGACCGCCCAGCGCGCUUUUCACGCGACUCCUGCUCGGCCCCGCGAUCACCAUUUUGAUACUCUGAAAUUCGUGAAGCGGCUCCAGGCAGAAGGAUUCAGCGAGGAACAGGCCGUGGCCAUGAUGCGCGUAUUGAACGAUAUCAUUCAAGAGUCUAUCCAGAACCUGACCCGGACUAUGGUUCUCCGAGAAGACUCGGAGAGAUCAACCUAUACUCAAAAAGUGGAUUUUGCCAAACUGCGCUCUGAGCUCCUCAAUGCAGACUCAACUGAGGCACAGUUGACCCGAUCGUCCCAUGAGAAGAUCGCAGCUGAUCUUGCCAAGCUCAAUUCACGCUUGCGCGACGAGAUCGGGCGAACUCAGGCAUCGGUACGCUUGGAUCUGAACCUUGAAAAGGGCCGGAUUCGCGAGGAAGCCAACGGUCAAGAAAUGCGGAUCAAGGAGACUGAAACACGAAUUGAGCAGGAAGUUGCUGGACUGAGGGAGCGAGUUGAGGCUGUCAAGUUCUCGACCUUACAAUGGCUUAUGGGUGUCUGUACCGGUACUGCUGCUUUGAUUCUCGGUGCCUGGCGUCUGUUUAUGUAA